AGGAAAGGCAUGACAGUCCACGCAGGACUGAGCAGAGCUCCUCACAGCAUGGAGACAAUGGUCCACAUAUUCUGUGCUGGCACGAGGACGUGCGUAAAAUACGCGCUGCAUUUUACGCACCGAACAAAUUCAGAUUUCUACUGAAGGAAAGUGAAAACCCUCCAAACUUACACAGUUGUGAUGAAAGUUAAAGUUGAGUGAGAGGUUUUUGUAGUGUAGCAUAAUGGAUCCAGUAUUUAAUAGCAUGGACGAAGGCAACUGGAGCGUCGACUCCUCCAACGAAACGAACAACGGGACGGAGUACUGGAACCAGUUUGUGCAGCCCGCUUGGAGAAUCGUGCUAUGGGCGAUUGCCUACUGUUGCAUCGUGGUGGUGUCGGUUGUAGGCAACGCGACGGUUAUUUGGAUCAUUAUGGCGCACAAGCGCAUGAGGACUGUCACCAACUAUUUCCUGCUCAACCUGGCAUUUGCCGAAGCCUCCAUGUCUGCCUUCAACACGGUCAUCAACUUCAUCUACGCCGUGCACAACGAGUGGUACUUCGGACUGGUGUACUGCCGCUUCCAUAACUUCUUCCCCAUCGCUGCUGUGUUCGCCAGUAUCUACUCCAUGACCGCCAUCGCCCUGGACAGGUACAUGGCAAUCAUCCACCCGCUGCAGCAGCGCAUGUCGUCUACAGAGACCAAGGUGGUGGUCGGAGUGAUCUGGGUCCUGGCUCUGCUCCUGGCUUUUCCCCAGUACUACUACUCCAACACGGACCAGCUCCCCGGCCGUGUGGUGUGCUACAUCGACUGGCCAGAAUACACGAUAUGUGACUUCAAAAAGAUGUAUUAUGUGUGUGUGGCCAUCCUCAUCUACUUCCUUCCCCUGAUGGUGAUGGGCUGUGCUUACCUGGUGGUGGGACUGAGCCUCUGGGCCAGUGAGAUCCCAGGAGACUCUUCAGACCGCUACAAGGAACAGCUGACUGCCAAACGCAAGGUGGUGAAGAUGAUGAUCGUGGUCGUUUGUACAUUUGCCAUCUGCUGGCUGCCCUACCACGUGUACUUCCUGUUGCACCAGUUUUUUCCCGACAUGUUUGAGGAAAGAUUCAUCCAGCAAGUCUACUUGGCCAUUAUGUGGCUGGCUAUGAGCUCCACCAUGUACAACCCCAUCAUCUACUGCUGCCUCAACAACAGGUUCCGUGCAGGUUUUCAACAAGCUUUCCGCUGCUGCCCCUGUGUCCCUCAAGGCUCACACGAAGGUCUGGAACUCAAGUCCACUCGUUACUUUCAAACUCAAACAAGCACCUACAAGGCAGGCCGAAUGGAGACCACCGUGUCCACGGUGGUCCAGGUGGGAGACGAAAUGGAGCAGUCUAAGCCGAAAGCUAGAGUUGGUCCUGGGCCUGUUGGAGCCGCUGUCACGUCUUCUUUGGAGCUGACUUCCAACGGGUCUUCGUCUUGGAGCGUCUCCAAAACGAUGUCUGAGGGAUCUAGCUUCUACUCCAGUAACAACCUUCAAGAGCAGACGUUGUGAGUUGCACAAAAAGACGACACGAACGUUGGAGUGACUGUGAAAUAUUGCUUUUCCACUCGAACGCCAUUUGCAGCUGAGGGCGCCCACAACAUUCUUGUGUAAUUGACUCGUGCCAAAAAGGAAUGAUGAGUACAACGCCGAAAGUUGUACACUGAAGCAGAUGCAGCGCCUUGAGUGUUCACACAACUUUCUGCUCGUCACACCCGCCCUCGCAUUGCACACAUCACACAUUCUCCAUCUCACAAGUCUAUUUUAGACCAGCUGAGCUAAAACAUGACACCAGCAAGCUGUCAGUGCACAGCUCUUCAUUCCACACAAGUGUUUUCUGCAAAGAGACAAAGCUGGAGGACCUCUGGUUUGGGAGUAUUUUCAUGCCAAUUUGUCCCCCAAGUGAGACAUGUCAAGCUUGAGCACCUGUUUGGCUCAAGGGAGCCCCGACAGACGCUCCUGGAAAGUAGUGAUGAUUACCUGAAACACCGUCAUGACUAUUUCAUCACGAUAAACAUUGACUCCAACAGCUGCUAGCAUCUUGUCUGCAUCACAGGGAUGCUCCAGAGACUGACAACUGGCGGAGGCCAACCUUGAACAGAACACAAAACUGUCACAGGAAUGAAGCAAGCCUACUAAGUCCCACACCUUGCAUUCUAAACAGCACUUUGACUCUACAACACAACGUACCUUUGCUCAGCACUUAUUUGCUCAAUGCUUCUCACAUGUUCAAACUUUACUGCUGUGUGCUCCAGCAUGCUGUGUGUUUACUUCACACAUUUGAACGCAAUUUAGCGUAAAAUGAAAAAAGUAGACAUAAAAUGAUUCAAGAAUUCAGAAUCUGAGCAAAAAAUGGGAGAAUGUAAUAAUAUGUCAUAAUUGUGGUAGUGGUUUGCUGUACUAAAGUGGAACCCUUUUUCAACCCCGUAUUUGAAAAACGUGUUCAGUGGAUCCUUGGUUAGCGUCAUUAAUCCGAUCCAGAAGGUCCGACUCCAACCAAAACGUACUCUAACCAAAUGUAUCUUUCCCAUACGAAAUAAUGUAAAUCCAGUUAAUCCAUUCCAGAAAGCCACAAAUGGUAACACAAAACACAUUUUUAUCGUUUUACAAUUAGUUUUACAUGCAGAAAACAAUUUAAAAUGCAUAUAAAUACAUAUAAAUGAUGUAUGAAAGGUCGAUUUUCAUUUAUAUAGCCCCGUACAUCAGCUGCAACUGAACCAAAGAGCUGGACAACCAGAUUAAAAGAGCAUAAAACGCAAAAAAUAAUAAAAUAUUUCUUAAAAUUUAUAGCAAAAGUGUCACAGAAUAAAUACUAUAAUAUAUAAUAAUCAUUUCUAAAUAAAUGUCUAUAUAUAUUCAUAAAUAAACAAUAAGUUUUGCCUUAAAUUAAUGUAAGUUUAUGGUGGUCCGCAAUUCAACAGGUAAGACGUUCCAAAGCCUGGCUCCAGCUACAGAAAGGACCAAUCACAACACUGUCUAUGUUUGAACCAAGGGAUCUCAAGCAGCUGUUGUUUGGCAGACUGCAGAGCUCCGCUGGGGCGAUGAAUGUUGAGAAGCUCACAUAAAUAAGAUGGCACAGUACCAUGAAUUGCCUUAAAAAAAACAUAACAAGUUUAAAAGCGACUCUACAACGGACUGGAAGGCAGUGUAGAGAGCGCACAACCAGAGUGAUGUGGCUCUGUCUUGGAGUGUUGGUGAAGAGUCACGCUGCAGCAUUGUGUACCAGUUGCGGACGGUUAAUUGAAGACUGGUUGAUACCAACACACAGGGCAUUACAAUAAUCAGUGUGAGAACUAAUACAGUCAUUUCAAGAUCUUGCCGACUAACAGAAGGCUUCGCUUUAGCCAGAAGGCAGAGCUGGAAAAAAAUAGCUCCAACGACACAGCCAAACUUCUUGUCAAAAUUCAGCUUAUUGUCAAACUUUACACCCUUGAUUGGUUAAGGUGACUAUUACCUUCAUUGAAGACGUGAUUGUUGCCAAAGACACAGUGUGGCAGCGAGAUCAGCACAGACAGUACUUCUUAUUUCUUGAAUUCGAGAGUGUCUCUCACCUCGUCUUUGCUUUUCUUAUUGAUCACAGCUGCAAAAUAACCCAAAAUGGAGCCAAAGAAAGUUUCAGGUGCCAGUAUCUUGAUAAAGAAGGUGAGAAACACUAUUGAAGUCAAGAAAUAACUCAAUGCAAAACACAAAGGUGGUGUACAUGUUGAUCUCCCUGCCACAUCGUGUCUGUCUCACAUCAUCAAUGAAGGUAAAAGUAACGUUAAAUGUUUACUUAUCCCUUUCAUUCAUCAUUUAUAUGCAUCAAGAUGUGUUUUCUGCGCGUAAAACUAGAAUUGUAAAACUACAAAACGUGAUCUGUGUUGACAUUUUUGAAACUUGUGGCGUAACUGUGUUAGCUGGCAAAGAACUACAGUCAACCGCCGAUGACAUCAUUGGCGGGCGACCGAGCUGAAUUCCGCGUCCUGUUUCCAUGUAUUAGCAAGGUGCUAACGAGGACGUUUUGUGAUUAAAAAUACAUUAAGAACACAGUUGGAUUCACGAAGUGUAUUAAUAACCAUACGAAACGAGCGCCAUAUUGUACACUAACCACAAAAUGUGUGCACGAGCAGCAUGACAAACAUACACACCCGUUAGGUUUUUAAGAGCAGUAUAUGUAUAAUCAUAAUAUGGCCAUAUGGAGAUAUUGUCGCGAUCGUGAGCCAUGUCAUGCAUAUUGUAGCGUAUGGUGAGGUCCCCUCAGAUUCCGAGCCCGAGCAAUGAAGUUAAUGAUAAUGAUUCAUUUAUUCCAGAAAAUUUGCAAAGAAAUGCCUACUUGACAAUCACUAAAAUAGCUUAAAGCAUUUUUCUGUGACUAUCAGAUACCCGAUAAAUACGUUUGGGUCCUAAACCUGUUUGAGCGAGGCUGAUCGAGGCUAAUAUAUCUAUAUAUCUGACUAGUUAUUGGACUCAGGAGCGUCCUUGGGACUGAUUUUACGUACAUAAGUCUUAUUCAUGGAGUCAUAAAAUAUAAGACUUGUAUUACAGACUUUGAUUAAGUUACAUAUUACAGCAGGUAAUCAGUGCAAUCAAAAACAAAAAAAUAACCUAUAAAACCAGCAUGUGCUUGGGAAAGGGGUACCUAAUCAGUGACGUGCUUCUGUUAUUGGUCAAACCAUUUAGACCUGCACAAACAGAAAGCUGAGUCGAAAUCAUUUUCCCCCCAUUGCAUUGGCACCCGCCCUUAUGAAUGGCAUAUUGUGCACACCCACUUUUUACGCCACUGAUUGGACUCCAUGUUUCAACAUUUUCAGUGGAACCUUGUUUAGCGUCAUUAAUGCAAAGGACCAACUCCAACCGAAACGUACAAUUUUGCCCAUAACAAAUAACGUAAAUCCAAUUAAUCCAGAAAGCCAAAAAUGUUAAAACAUAACACGUUUUUAUAGUUUUACAUGCAGAAAACAAUUCCAAAUACAUAUAAAUGAUAAAUGAAAUUGAUAAAUGGUCAUUUAAGGUUACUUUUACCUUCAUUGAAGACGUGAUUGUUGCCAAAGACACAAUGUGGCAGCGAGAUCAACACGGACACCACCUUUGUGUUUUGCUUGAAUUCAAGUCUUAGCUUUUCUUAUCGAUCAUGGCUGCAAAAUAAUCCUAGAAUGGAGCUAAAGAAAGUCGCAAGUGCCAGCAUUUUCAUAAAGAAGGUGAGAAACACUAUUGAAUUCAAAACUCGGCAAAACUCAAAGGUGGUGUCCAUGUUGAUCUCGCUGCCACAGUUGGCCUCUCGCAGUGUAUUAAUUCAAGACAAGCCGUGGCUUAGUACACUAACUACAAAAUGUACGCAAACCGAGGCAAAAUUUUGGCCUUAACCAGGGCGUACGCAUAACCGAGGUUCCACUGUACUCCAACGACUAAGGACACCAUGAUGUACAACUUCUGACAUUAUUCAUUGGUUUUGCUUUCCGGAUGUAUUCAUAUGUAAUCCAAUGUUGAAGCGAAUGACAGUGUUGUCGUGGCAGGGCUUUGCUGACACGUUAAUGCGAAUGCACGACGCUGCUUAGCAUAACCACGGUAAAAGGACAACGGGAGACGCGGCUCGCUCUGCAGGAGCCCAGGAAAAGGACAGCUUGACAACGUGCACCGAGGAAGCCCAUCAGGGUAAUUUAACAUCUGCAUGCUUAAACACACACGCACUCGCGCAUAAACAUAAGCAACCAUUGUGUGGAACGACAAUACAAAAAUUCCAUAGUGUAGUAAAUGAGUGAUUGACAGCAUCUAACGGCUUGGAUUACUACUAACUAAAUCAGGUAGGCUGGAACAAGUUGAAGAUAACUUCUAUGGGUUUUACACUUGUUGCUUGUUCACUGCAUUAAGCAAAACACACACACACAGUGAUCACCUGUUGAAAUGCGUCAAUCUGCCCCCCCCCCCUGUGUCCCCUGAGCCCCCACCCGCUGACUCCCGGUCUAUUCUCAGCAUACAAAAGCUGCUAUUUUAAAUUCCAUCGUCAACAUGAUGUGAAAGCGAGACACAAACACGAAGCAGUGCAACUUGACGAUGACCGCAGUCUUGUUUCGGUGGCCUGGAGUAAUCCAUGAAAACAUUCAUAGUAUAAAAACUAAACAAGUCUGCUUUUUGGUAUGCUAUGACAUUGUAACAGUCUACUAAUAGUGCAGUGCCGUGGUGACGUAAACAUCAUAGCUGAGUGCUAAAAUAUGAAAAUAAUGUUUUGUGAUAGUGACAGUCGGUGACUUCUACGAAAAAUAGAAAAUGUGCCAAAUGUAUAUGACACGACAUCGCAUUUGGAAAGAUGCAGCAAAUUCAGUGUAUUAUUGGAAUGGAAAGAAUUUGCCCUUAAUGCCAGCUUUACUCUACUGGGAUAUUCUCUGCUGUCCAGCUCAAUUGUUUUGUAAUGUAACAAAAGAUACUUAGGAUUAUGUCUACAUGGUUGUAUCUUGUUUUAUUGUUGUUGUUGCUGUUAUAAAUAGUGUCAGAACAAGCAGUGUUAUUGAGCAGUACCUGUGAUGACCAUAAAACAACAUGGCCUGCUGAUUUUAGAAGUCCACAUGCUUAUACUUGUAGUCAGCCCCGGCUGUGGAGCUUUGAAUCCUGACUUUAUCAUUUCACACCUUGAAAACAUUCUUCAUUUUAUAUUUGGUUAUUACAAAAUAUGCAUUCCAGCUUGGUCCCUCGGUUUUAUUCAUUCAUUCCAAAAGGUCAGCAAAGCCAUGUUUCCCAGAAGAAAUCAUGUAAAUCCAAUUGAUCCAUUCCAGACACCCAAAAUAUAUAUAACAAAAAUGCAUCUUAUGGGUAAUAAAUAUAGUUUUACCUGCAGAAAAUAAUUAUAAAUGCCAAAUAAAGUGGGUAAAUGUAAAUUUAACAUCACUUUUACCUUUAUUGAAGACUCUUGUUGGCGAAGACGGCGAGGAGCGAAGAGGCAGGUGGGGAGGGCAUGCUAUUUUCGUACUUUGCCAUGUGUUGUUUCCCUAAUUCACCAGUGUUUCUCAUCUUGCAAAUUGUCGUCUUUCUCAAAUUUCAACUUUCUGUGACCCCGUGGCGGGCUAUUUAGCAGUCACCUCAAUAAAUAAAAAUGCAUGGGCAGUGAGUCAGCAACACGUAUGGUGCUUCAGGGCAAACGGACUACAGUAAUCCCUCGUUUCAAACAUUUUCAAACAUAAAAAUGACAAAAUGAAGUAAAUUACAAAUAUGACAUGUUCAUAUGUAGUAUUCCACACUGGUCACUAGGUGUCAGUAAUGUUACAAUAGUCACCGCAAGAAGUCCUAGAAGUUAAAAUAAACAAAACAACAACAACGAGGAUCUCUCCCCAUGUGUGAGUCUAUACGAUGUCUUAUUUUCUCUUAUUAUGUUAUGUAUAAUAGCGGAGUGUUAGCAGUGCGAGUGGCUGGUGUGAGUUGUGGCCAACAGCAGCUCCUGUGUGAAUGUUCACUGCAUAUGUAAUAUAGUAUACUGGUUACUAGGGGUCAGUAAGGUUACAUUGAUGAGACAAUAGCCACUGCAGGAAAUAUUCUGUCAUAGCUAACGUGUGAGUCUAUGUUAUGUCUUAUUUAUGUCUAAGACUCUCUAAGAUGUCUUAUUUUCUCUUAUGGCGACUAUAAUGGGUGACUAUGACUAAAGGUGACUAUGUGGUGUUAUUUCAUGUCUAGAGGGCUCUAAUAAUGCUCUAACUAUGAAAAAAUUUCAUUUAUAAAUAAGGAAUCCUGCUUUGCGGAUUUUCACUUAUCACUGUCAGGUCUGGAACCAGUUAACCACGAUAAAGGAGGGAUUACUGUACUUCUUUACGCGCAAUAUUGGAUGAUAACUGAGACAGUGUACAAGUACCAGGGCAAAAUCUAGAUGAAAAUUUUCAUCAAAAACCAAAUGAUACAACGAGGGCGCUCUAAAAUAAUCUAAAGGUUUGACUGCAGUGGCAGAGCUACGGGGUGGCCAGUGGUGGCCGUGGCCACCUCACUGGCCAUCUAGACAUUUCAGGUAUCAACCUAUUGCCACCCCUGUGUGAGUAAUGGUCUCACCUUGGCCACCCCAGUGAAAAAUGUCUGGCUUUGCCACUGUUUGACUGUGUGCAGCUACAAACUAAUACUUUCAACCAACAUCCUACUGCUUGACUACUUCAGUGAGGUUAUUCUUAAGACAGUGGUUAUAUUCUUGGAUAUGUACAGUUUUUCCCUGCAGACUGGACAACCUACAUGAUGUGUCUGGUUUCACUACAGUGACCCAAUUCAGAUUUUUCUCCCCCAAACAGGGCCCAGUUUGGCUAUGCAUCAUUGCAAUUUUGACAAUGAAAACACAUUUAAUCAGAUCCGAGCAACAUUCUCACCUGACUAUAAUAUCCACCGGUUUGAGUGCACAGUAGGUGGACAACAUUAGAUGCAGUAUAAAGUAGUUCUCUGGAGAAGUUCCAAGAAAAUGACAAAAAAAACAAAUAAUGGACGCCCCCAUAAAAAGCUACGACGGUGCACAUUUUUGAUACUCUAAAUUCUACAAUAUGCCUGCAACACUCAUUAAAGGGUACUUUGGAUUUUUUGACAUGAAGUUGUAUGACAUCCCCAAUAACAGCGACUUACCCCCCUCUUGGUCUCCUAAGUCCACUUCUGGUCAGAUUUCCGUGAAGAACGUAGCUCCACUUAGUUGCUGGGGACAAUUAAGUAAAGAGUUUGGCUUCUCCAAAACAAUUGGUUUGGUUUGGUUUGGUUUAGUUUAUUUGAACAUGAAGGUUACAAUGGAAUACAUCUCGUGAAUCAUUUUUUGACAGUUCCACAUGUCCAAAAGGAGUAGGAAGAAGCAAAGCUUAUUUAAUCCUACCCCUCAUCUAUUCUACAUCUAGUACAGUACAUGUAGUUCACUUCCUGGAUUCCAUGUCAUGUUUUCAGUGAUAGUCAGGAUAACACAUAAUAGAUAACGGUGAGAUAACCCUCCCCCCAAAAAAAGAGAGAACAUUCAUAAUAAUGAUAAUAUGAUGACAAUACUAAAUAAAUAAAUAAAUAAAUAAGAACAAAGCUUUUUUUUUUUUUUUUUUAAACACAACAAAGAAAAUUAUAAAAAAAAAUAAAUAAAUAAAUAGAAAUAAAUAAAUAACAAAUAAAAUUUAAUUAAAUAAAUAAAAAAUAAAAUAAAAUAAAAUAAAAUAGAAAAUAAAAAAAUAAAUAAAUAAAAUAAAAUAACAAACCUGACAGAACAAUCAGGACUCUUCUGCCUUGUAUUUGGCAAACAUCAACUGCUUGUAUUGUUUUUUGAAUUUGCUCAUCUCUGUACAUUGAGUUCUUUACUGUACAUUGUUUGAGUUCUUUACUAUAUAAGCGUGCAAAAGAUUAAAAGAGACCAAGUGGGGAGUAAGUCACUGUUAUUGGGCUACACUGCUGAUGGGGAUACAUACAACUUCAUGUCAAAAAAUCCGAACUAUCCCUUUAAAUGGAUUUUACAUUCAGUUUUACACAGUAAAGGUGCAGACAUGUUGAAGCAUUGAGUGAUGUGAAUGUGAGACAGCCCCCUCUGCUGGAUUCAUCGCUGCAGUAAAGUUAGUGUUAUUAGUUAGUGUUAUUAAUACACUGCGUGAGUGCAGCUGUCUUCUAUCACAAAAUAUCCUUGUUAUUAGCUUGCUAACACAUGGAAACAGGAAGUGGAAGUCAGCUCCGUCUAUGAUGUCAUCCGUGGUUGACUGGUUCUUUGCUAACUAACACAGUUACACCACACUAGUUUUACAAGUACAGUUUUACAUGCAUAAAACAAUUCUAAAUGCAAAUGAAUAAUGAAUGAAAGGGAUGAAUGAACAUUUAAGGUUACUUUUACCCUCACUGAAGGUGAGUGGUAAUGUGGUUACAAAGACCUGACGUGACAUUAAGAUCAACACGGACACCUCCUGUGUUUUGCUGUUUAGUUAUUUCUUGAAUUAAAUAGUGUUUCUCAACUUCUUCUUUUUUGAAAAUGCUGGCAACUUUUUUUGGCUCCAUUUAGGGUUGUUUUGCAGUCAUGAUCAAAAGAAAAGUAGAGACUUGAGGUGAGAAACACUAUUGAAUUCAAGUACUACCUCAUGGCAAAACACCAAGGUGGUGUCCGUGUUGACCUCGCUGCCACAUCGUGUCUUCAGCAGCUAAUCACAUCUUCAACAAAGGUAAAAGUACCCUUAAAUGUUAAUUUAUCAUUUUCAUUCAUCAUAUAUAUGCAAUUUGAAUUGUUUUAUGCAUGUAAAACUAUAAAAACAUUGCAUUUUUUUGUUUUCUGGAACAGCUUAAUUGGAUUUCCAUUACUUCUUAUGGGAAAAAAAUGAUUCGCUUAAAGUAUGUUUUGGUUAGAGUCAGUCCUUCUGGAUCGAAUCCUCUACUCCCUCCUGAACAGCUCGACAGGAAAUUUGGAAGAAUAUGCACCUCCUAUGUUGCCUGCGCUCUUAUUUGCCUGACAAAUACACGACACGGUGUCACUGUUAUUAAACCCCAAAGUGUGACCCCAUUAAUCAAUUCAACCUGAAAUAGUAUCUUCCAAGUUGAAAUUGUAGAUACCUCAGAAACUAUCAGACUACGUCCAUCAGGCUGAGGGGGAAAAUACUUUGGAAUCAUCUGAUGAGCUGACAUCCUCAGUAUCACACAAGCAGAACAGAACAGAAUGAUCCAGGAUAACAAGAGCGCAACGGAUGAUGUAAUUGGAGAGUUAUCUGAUUAGACUGUGAAUGCAACCUGUCCCUUGAUGCCUCCUUUCCUGAAAAGGGGAUUUGGAGUCAGUUGGGCUGUGGCUGCUCCUGUCCGCAUGUGUUGAUGCAUGUAAAUGAGCCCGUAAAUAUAAAUAGGUGUGUUGUGCAGAUGGUGGGACAAAGUGGCUUCUCACUGCUCGCAAAUUGAGUACCAUUCUUCUUCAACUCAACAGGCUAUGUUCAUGUUGAUGACACUCACUUGCAGAUUGGUUCUGAUCCUGCAGAGGUAAUUGUGUAAUUGUGUUAUCCGGAGGACCCAGCACUCCAUCAUUCUGGUCCCAGAUAGCAGCAUCGGGGUUUCAACUUUUGGAAGAUUUUUUGCAGGAAUUCAGUACGCAAGGGAUCGCGUUCUGUGUGGAAAUGCUGUGCCUCGUUUCAACCUAAGUUUGUAUGGUUGGCAGUGCAGUGUUUCUACCAGAUGUUGGACAGUUAAACGUCGCAGUCGUCCCUCGCCACUUUGCGGUUCAGCUUCACUCUCUUACGGUUUUUCAAAAGAAACGAAUUACUAAAUUAUCGCUGCUUCGUGAUAUACUACAGCCUAUUAUCUGCAUAUUUCAUAAAAUGUCACGUAUCCUAAGAUAAAAUUAAGCAUUUUCAAGCAUAAAACGGCUAAAUGAACGAAAAUACAAAUAAAAGGUAUUCAGAAGAUGCAAUAUGUAGUGUAAUAUCUGUGACGUGUGUGCACCUUUAAGGGGCGGGGCAUGGGAAGUGACUUGUGUGAUAACAUCUAGCAAGAAUUGACUGUGUUUAGCUGAGUGUUAGCAGUGUGGAGAGUGUGAGUGGCUGGCGUGAGUUGCAAACAUGCAUAUUUAAGCACAUUUUGCAUAUUUUUUUACCUAAAGUAAGGCAAAAAUGGCUGACUGAACUCAAGUACAAACAUAAGGCAUUCAGAAGACGCAUUCAAAGACAUUGUGAUGACAUGUAGUAUUCUACACUGGUCGCUAGGUGUCAGUAAUGUUACUGUAAUGUUAGGUGAGACACACAAGCACCAGCACCACCCUGAUAUGAACAGCACAAAAAAACAGAUAUUUGUGAAAAUAACUGAAAAAUAUCCAUCUCAUCACGAUCGGAUACUGAAACCACCCAUGGCAUCGAUACAAACUAUGUGGAUCGACCACCCACCCUGAUAACAACAAUAUGUAACAUAAAGGCAACCAUUUUGUCCUCCGAUUCAACUUUUUGACACAAAUUAACAUGCAAACGGGGAUAUUCUUAUUGAUCAUGCAUGCAAACACGUGUUGUCUUAAAGAGAGCAUGAACCUCCGCAUGAAAACGUAGCGAGCAUUGUUUAAGUCAGUACAGGGUUACAUAAUUGCAUUAGAAUGCUAGCACGCCCAACCAAAUUUGGCCUAAUGCGAUAUACUGUAAAUUGUCCACGCAUCAUAGACUGAGACAGUACUUGGAAUGUCAAAACAGAAUGAGAACUGGACAGUAACAGAUAAUUAUCACGUCAGUCCAUCUAUUUUUUGUGAAAAGCAGGAAUGAGACACCUCGAUGUGUUCACAUGCAACUGUUUGGACAAGCCUAGCGGUGCAGGUGAACAAGAUGCUGGAGCUUUAAUGAAUGCGUAAUCAACUUUGUUCUUAAACGAGUGGAGAGGCGCCAGGCAGGCUACACGGCGGGGGGGGAAUGGUCUCAUCAGUGCCAUAUCUUCCUGUAUCUAUCCAUUCCUUGCCAUCCAAUCAUGCUAAUUACAUCCAAGAUGUGGAGAGACGAGUGCUCAUGCAUACUUUAAGUGUUUAAGUGGCAGAAAAUCAAAAGAUGACUGACUUUGGUGCAGACUACUGAGCGUGCGUGUACAAAAUGCAGGUAAAUGAAGUCCCUCGAUCUACAUCCGCCGAUGCGAGUCACGUUUUAGUCUGAACUUAUACCUGCAUUUGACUUGAAUGAACUCCUAAGUCACUCACACUGUACACAGAACACAUGGAAGGUCAUAUAAAACAGGGUAAUAAAAAGAUUAUGUACAAGAAAGAAAUGAAAACAUGAUAAAUAUGGUUGUCUUGCAUACUGGAAGGGGCGUUGCAAGGGAGGGAGAGACGGGCUUAUUGGGAGGAGGAAAACCACAAUACUGCUUACUUAUCACUGCCUGUUUCAUAGGAGCAGAUCAUGUCACAUGUUCAAGGAUACCAUUUUUAUCCUUGAUGAUUAUGAAGGGAAAACAUGCUUCUGGCUCCAAAAUAAGACAGCAGACAAAACAAGUUAUUAGAGAAUAAUGAAAGGUGCAAUUUCAUAAAACUUGCAUAUAAAGGGACAAGUCAAUACAACCCAAACCGUUGCUAGAGAAAAUGUCUGACUGUUCAUGCUGAAAUGUUAGUCAAUAUAGACAAUCACAUAUGCGAGGGGAAGUGUGAUGUUCUCCCCCUGUGAGACGGUGAAGGGCAGACUUCACAUGCGUAGACACCCAAGGCUGUUUGAAUCAGGAGAGUAUGUGGAGGACUUGUGUAACCCUGCUUUCACACUGCCCGGUUCGGGGCUCGAACACAGGACCUUUGCAAGAGGAGACAAGAGCGCCGACCACACGGCCAGAAGCCCGGACUUUCGACCGCGUGUUCAGCGCAGCUCUCAAGGCACACGUACACGUGCACAGGCUGGCAUCCGUUACGCUUGUUUUGGAGACAAGAGGCCUUGAGCGGAUAAUCAUAGCAAGUCAGUGUGACAAUGUGUAUCAAAGCAGAAAUACAUAUUCAUGCCAAUGCAUAAUUAUAACUAAUAUUAGUCAAAUGAAAUUGAAUAAUUGACACAAAACAUUUUUUAAGUGCAAUACCAAACCGUAUUUUCCGAGUCGAACGGCUUAGAACAAGCAUGCGACCAAUGUUGGUCCGUCUUUCUCCACUUUUUGAGCACUUUACAAUGUCAAAUUUCACUUCACUUUCACUUUCCCUUUCUGUGACGUAGCAGCACAGUGUGCCUCACGCUUGGGAGACACAAUAAAGGGUUUAAAGUCAACAAGUUCAGUUCAGUUGUCCAUCCACAGUGUAGCGACAUGCUACUACGGAUUCUUCCACUGCUACGCACACGUAGUUUUGCAGGGUAUUUAUAAUUUACGGAAGUGCAGCGUGACCGCAAACUGUCGUAACAUGAGGGUCGUCUGCAUACACAUUCAAGGCGGAAGGAAUUACCAAAUGGAAGUUGAGAAUUCAAAGUACAGUGGAACUUUUCCAAGUCGACACCGUCGGUGUCCAGCGUUACACGGGAGUGUUGAUGAGUGUUGCAUAGCCGCCCACAGCACUUUCUAAAAUGCAGUAUAUUAAAUAUAGCACAGCAUAAAAGCGUAAUUAAUUCGUUCCAAAAGGUCCGACUCAUCCUGAAACGUACUCUUAACUGAAUACAUUUUUCCCAUAAGAAAUCAUGUAAAUCCAAUUAAUUUGUUCCAGGAAGCCAAAAACGUUAACACAAAACCCGAGUUAUAGUUUUACAUGCAGAAAACAAUUCUAAAUGCAUAUAAAUGAUGAAUGAAAGAAAUAAAUGAACAUUCAAGGUUACUUUUACCUUCAUUGAAGACGUGUUGACACCAUGUGGCAGUGAGAUCAACACAAACACCACCUUCCUGUUUUGCUAUGAGUUAUUUCUCGCAUUCAGUGGCAUUUAUACCCUUCUUUAUCAAAAUACUGGCACUCCAUUUUGGGUUAUUUUGCACCAGUGAGCUGUAAGAAAAGGAGAGACUUGUGGCGUAACCCUGGUAGUUACAAAAAAAACUACAGAGUCAACCGCUGAUGACAUCAUAGGUGGGAGACGGAGCUGACCUCCGGCCCCUGUUUCCAUGUAGUAGCAAACUGCUAGCAAGGGCAUUUUGUGAUUAAAAAUACAUUCAGAGGGCCGCACAGGGGCCGAGUGGUUAGCAUGUUGGCCACACAGUCAGGAGAUCGGGAAGACCUGGGUUCGAAUCUCCAUUGGGCAUUUCUGUGUGGAGUUUGCAUGUUCUCCCCGUGUGUGCGUGGGUUUUCUCCGGGUACUCCGGUUUCCUCCCACAUUCCAAAAACAUGUUAGGUUAAUUGGAGACUCUAAAUUGUCCAUAGGUAUGAAUGUGAGUGUGAAUGGUUGUUUGUCUAUAUGUGCCCUGCCAUUGGCUGGCGACCAGUCCAGGGUGUACCCCUCCUCUCGCCCGAAGGCAGCUGGGAUAGGCUCCAGCAUACCCCUGCGACCCUAGUGACACUAAACGGCAUAGAAAAUGGAUGGAUGGAUGGAUGGAGGGAUUGAUUGAGAACACUGUUGGACUCGAAGCAUGUGACAAGACGCAUGCCAUAUUGUACGCUAACUGAAAAAAUGUACGCAAACCGAGGCAAAAUUUAGGCAUAGAUUUUUGACGUAAACUGAAAAACACGCUAUCUGUGGCAUACGCCAAAGGGGACUUACAUCCCAACGUACGUGCUUCUACAAAAAUACGUGCAAAAAUGGGGAAAAUCGCAAGAUUUUCAAACCCGCAGACAGCACGCAAACGCCCGUAGGAAGAAAAUUGUGAAAUUGGGAGGAGGAAUGUCACGAAUCACCUGCUUCAUAAGAACAACACACUUGCAACCCCUCCGAUACCCUACUUCCUCAACGCGCUGGCCACGGCUAACGCUUUUCCCAAAAAUUGCGCAGCCCGUGUGUGUGGUAACACGUGCGUCAGGAUGUAAGUCCCGCUUUACCGAGGUUCCAGUGUGGCUCUCAUCUCACAGUCUUUUGCAACCAGUCUCAUUUCCAGCUUUUUCACAAGAUAAAAAUGUACCUCGACUCACAAUUUGGCCAGGAUUUGCGCUUGAUUGUGGAUCUCAGUUGAAGCAGAUUGGUUGCUUGUGUUUUCUUAGUGGUGCUUUGGCUCACCGCCAUUGGAAAAUGUCAACCAUUUCCCCUGCCAGAGUUGCUAAGCCUUCAUAACCUUGAGUCCAUCUUUCUCCACAUUUUUCCUCUCCACGUCCAAUUGAAAUGUAAUAUACAAGAUUACGUUUGAUUGUAUUUUAUCUACGCUUAUGUACAAUAAAUGUUGUCAUUUCAAUGAGUUUUUUGUGAACACAGCAUUAGUGUGCGCGUGCGUGUGUGUGUUUGUGAGUCGGAGUUAAAAUGUGAAUCUUCCAAGAGUGAUGAUGUUUACAUAUCUGACUGCCUGAGGCAUGUUAGGGAAUCGAACAACUUUUUGGAUUAUGUGCAAGUGUGUGCUGCACCGAGCCUACUAACCUCCCAGCAUUGUUUUUUUUUAAAGCCUGACAUAAUCCUUCAAGCUGUAAAUUGACAUAUUUCUGUCAAACCAUGCCUUUUACGGCGACCAUGUUCAGUGAACUGUACUUUCCAGUGCCGUAAAUGUGAAACAUACGCUGAAGAUGUCAGACAAAUACAGUAAAUCCCCGCCAUUACCUUCCAAGACCAUCCGCGAAUAGUGACGGCCAUAAAAAUGUGUAUUUUUCACACUCUAAUAACAAUUAUAUUACUGCGUCGAGGUGCCACCGUAUGCUACGCUGGCUCGCUCCUCCACCUCCAAACCCUUCUACUAGCUUGAAGUUUGAACAUUUGCAAUAAAACUGAUGUUAACCUGCUACUAGAAGCAUAAUGCAGUCUUAAACCUUAAAUAUGCCUCACGCACUGAAUAAAAAGCACUUUUAAAGUCUAAAAUGUAAAGGUACUCACCGCUAAUGAAUGAUCACGGAAGACGAUCCAUAGAACAGAUGGAAUCGAAGCCUACCCGUCAACAUUUGCUUUCGUAAAUAAGGGAAAUGUUGGUUUUUUUAUGCUUUACUAUCAUAUAUUUAUAAAUGAUAGACAACUUAAGGUAAAUGAGAUGUGUUCUGUGAAAAAAAAACUGCUUUUUUCGGAGAGAGAAAGCAUAAAUGUGCGGGGUUUUCCCGCAAAUAAAAAAAAUUAUAACAAGUAUGACCAAAAACCCACAAAUUUGCGGGAACGUGACUGCUAAAUGGCCAGUAUGCGGGGAUCCACUAAAGUACACACUGGGUGUUGACUUCUGAUCUGUGCGUUGUGUUGCUGUGUUGUUUCCCGUCAUGCUUUUCGCCAUCAUGCCUUUGGAAAUGUAAAUGUUCUUCUGUAAUCGAACAUUGUACUCUGAAAACCAAACUGUUGUUCGAAAAAGAAAGAUGACAAAAAAUCCUCUAUGAUUUUCAGUGUUGAUAUGUGUUGUGUAUCGACUUGUGCCUCCAUCGUCACCUGUCUGCCGUCAGGUCGCCGUUAUGUGCUCUGUGCCAAAAUAUCAGCGUAAUGGAACACAAGUGAUAACAGUUGUCAUUUUACGGUUGUAAAUUGUCUUUGUGUGUCCUCAUUUUGCGUUGUGUGUAUGUGACGCGACGGUAUCCAACACAAAAACAAAUAAAAGCAAGCAUCAAAAGUUGAACGGCUUAUGUUGUGUUCUGAGAGUGAAAAAUCCUGACCUGCACACUUGCACAUAAAGUGUGUGUGUGUGUGUGUGUGUGUGUGUGUUCAGGCAAAUACCAUCAUUUACAUUUUUUAUAAGUGCUAAUGCAAUUACAGAUGCGAAAACAACAAAACAACCCCCCCAAGAAGACAGACGUGCUUGCGUUACCUUCCAAAAGUUUCUUUUCGUUUCUUGGUAAGUAUAGAAUACAGCAAACCACCCCGAGUUGAUUGUGUUGAACUUCACAUGUGACUUGCAUUUACAAGCUGUUCAAAUUUCAAGACUGCUGCUAUUUUUUCCUUCACGUAUUCCUUUGUGGCAGGCUCAUGUCACCUUCCCGAAACCUUUAUCAAGUGCGCAUCCAACAUUUAAAUAGCAUUUCAACGUUCAUAACUCUUAUACAGGUACAGUGGGUUCCCGUGUCAGGAUGGCUCCAGGCAUACCUUUGGAUGCCUUUAUUGCAGCACCCUGAUGUACAGCAUACCUCCGCUUUUUGCCCUGCUUUUCAUACACGUUUUUCAAUGUGAGUCACCUUCCAGGAUUCCCUCCGCCUCUAUUCACGUACU